CAGCCAAAAAAACAGCCUAAACGCAAACAAAAACCAAAACCCAUACAGACCCUGCGCCUGCGACUGAGUCUUCAGACCCUCCUCCUCGCCUCAGCUUUCCCAACAUCUGAACCGGCAGUGCCUUUUUUCUCUCAACUCUCCCACCUUGAAACUUACUCGUCGAGCCCUUCUUGCUUCAGCGGGACCAAGGAGACGUUCUCUUUCUCUCUCUCUUUCUCUGUAACUAAGUGAAUCGAAAUCCAUGGUUCAAGUGUGAAAAUGCCGACGACAGAGAAGCUGUUGGUGCAAAUCUUCGAGAGGAAGAAAUGGAUCGUCAACCAAGCCAAGCACCAGGCCUACCUCUUCGAGCAACACCUCGCCUCCAAAUGCCUUAUUGACGGAAUUGCCCCUCCUCCGUGGCUUUUGUCCUCCUCCUCCUCCGACCCCAAUCAUGUGUUGAACAAACAAGAGCUGAUUUCAGGAGUUCCACUCCCUUGCGCACAGCCUGUGAUCCAUUUUACCGAUAGCCAUUGCCCUGUGUUUGACAAGCCAGUUCCUACAGCUCACAAUGGGGAGCUACCAAAUGGUUUGUGCACUGAACUUCAUGGUUUUGGCAGAGAUGGUUUUGACAGAGGUUUUGGUGCAGGAGAGGAGGUUUUGAUUUUGCCACACUGCCCUGUAAGUAAUGCUGGGUGUGCCUCCAAUGGCGUUCCUCAAGACCAGAGAGAAGAGGAUCCUAGUGUUACAUCUCCAGAAGAUCAGAAGGAUGCAAGGAUCUCAGACAUUUACCACGACCCAGCUCUAUCACCGGUUACAGGUGCAGGAGAUGAGGUAUCUAUUUUUCCGAAGUGCCUCAUUAGUAACGCUCGUUGUUCCUCUGAUGGUGUUCCUCAAGAUCAGAGAGAAGAGGAUCCGAGUGUUACAUCUCCAGAAGAUCAGAGGGGUGCAAGAAUGUCAGACAUUUACCAUGACCCAGCUCUAUCACCAGCUAGAGGUGCAGGAGAUGAGGUUACAAUUUUGCCAGAGUGCCCCAUUAGUAAUGCAGGAGAUUCCUCCAAUGGUGUUCCUCAAGAUCAGAGAGAAGAGGAUCCAAGUGUUACUUCUCCUGAAGGUCAGGGGGAUGCAAAAACCUCAAACACUUAUCAUGACCCAGCUCUAUCACUGGCUAGAGUUCAAAGAUCCAAAUCCAGACAAAGAGCUCUGGCAAUUCGCAACAGUGCCAAUAAAAGCAGUUCACAGGUUAAGAACAAUGUUAAUGGUUGUGCUGGUGGGAUUAUUGGGUGUGCGAUAUCUUUCCUACAAUCUGACCAUGUUGAUGAAAUGAACUUAGUCAAGCCUCCUGAUACAUGUGUUAAUCUAGAUUUAAGUGCAGUAAAUGGGGAAAAACAUUCAAGUAAGGAUAAUUGUUCUUUGGAGUUUGUCUCCAGAAGUACUGGGUCACAAGUUGUGCGUAGUGUUGAAAGAAUAGCAAAAGGUGCCAGCUCCAACAUGUCUGGUCAAAGAAUUGUAGCAAAAGAUACCAGCAGCAACAUAUCUGGUCAAAGAAUUAACCAGUCAAUGUCUGCUGCAUCGAACAAGUCUCAUGCUGCACAGAGAACUCAAAUAUCUACUGGAAGGUCUAUUCCAAUUCAAAGGGAUCUAGACCUAUGUGCAGUGAAUUCAAUAGACUCUUUAGACAAGGAAAAUGUUGCAGAUCACUACGCUGGUAGAAAUACUUGCACAGAAAUUAAUUGUGGGACAGAAGACAAUUCCCAGGUUUUGGAUCACAGGGGUACACAGUCCAGAUCUGCUGCUUCAAACAAGCAUUUUCCAGAAAACCUGACUCAUGGGCUUGCAGGUAUCAGGCAUCAGGAUGUGUUCAGUACUAUGGUACAAGAGGUACCUUGUACACAAACCAGUGAAUUUGUUGAAGUUGCAAGUGUUGGAAAAACUGAAAUUGAUCCUGGUGGAUGUAUUGAAGCUAAUCCUAUUCAUUCUGGAUCUAACUUGGAUGGUAAUGGGCUUAGAGUUGGAGGAGAAGUUUUACACUCAAGGCAGCCCGCUGAUUAUGCGUUUGUGAAUCCCAAGCAACUUAAUUUUGAUGACGUGGAAGAGCUCUGUUUGAAUGGAAUUUCUACUCCUGCUCUUAAGAAGGGAAUGCAGGGUAGGUCAUCAGAAAAAGGUUCUCUUUCCUUGAUGCAUGCUGAAAAUAUACUGGCUGAAGGAAUAACUGUCAAUUACCAAGACAAUUGUAACACACCACUGGAGAUGAGUUUUCUGGGGGAUCGGGAAGUUUCUGUCAGAGGAAAGGAGCUCCAGAAUAGUUUAUCCGAAGCCCCAGAAGAGCAGUUGCAUAAAUCUGGAAGUGCCUCGAAUGAAAAUGCUGCCUCAUCAGUAAAAGAGACAUCCAAUGCUCAUAAGGAUGGAGUUGCUAAUACUUUGCUAGAAAGUGGCAAAGUUCAGAAAUCCUUUUUGACAGAUAAUCCAACUGGCUUGCAAGUAGCCCAGGAAAGUUUGGUUGAAAGCCUGUCUAAUGUUAAUGCUGCAAAACCAACUGAAUUGGUCACAGAAGAGAGUGCACUGGAUUCUCAUGCCGUUGGUAAUCCUACAGUAUCAACAGAUUCUGAUUUUACUAUGGUGUCCGAACUUGGUUCUUUUAGAAUCCCGGAUGCAAAGAAUCUUGCAGUUGAGAAUCCUUGUGCUGCUUCCACGGAUGAGAUGAAGGGUAACUUGCCUCAGCCGAUUAUACGGUCACAGAUUUCUCCAAACUAUGAAAUGUGGAGUAUUGGUGAUAAGGUAGAUGUAGGUUAUACCAAAUCAACUGAAUGCCGGAUUGCAGAGAAAUCCAAGGGAAGAAGUCUUAGCUCUUCUAUGGAGGGUUCAUGGCCUCAGCAUAAACGAAGAAAGAUUGAGCACCUGUCUUCUUCACGAGACUUGAUAGAAAAGGUUUUUCACACUUUCAAUAGAGAUUCUAUUUGUGGAAACUUGGGAAGUGUAGCGCAUAGUCCAAAGGCCAUACUAGAAUCUCAGGGCCUUUCAAUUUCUCCGGAGGAUGUUGUGAAAUCAAUUGUCAGUAGAAGUCCAGUUGAAGAAUCACAUCAAAAUGAGGAUCACCAAAUGAUAGAGAGGUCUGAAUCUUCACCUAAAGCACAUAUGAAAGAGGGUGAAAUCAGCCUGGGAGAGGGGGACAGAAGUGGGAAUGCACCUUUCACUUUUAUGCAUGAAGAAUUGGAAGCAUCACUUCUCUCAAGUUUGAUGAAGCAGGGUGCUGGCCAGUCUCAAGAUUGUUUGAUUGUUGAUACAGGAAGUCCAUGCAUAGAAGGGAACCAUGUUUCUCUUCCUCUUGAGGAUAAUCUUACACUAGGAAAUGUUGAAAAUUGGACUUGCGCUGGAAGAGCCCUGCAGGAAAAGAGAUUUGAUCUUGGGGGAACCAGAAAAUUUUCAUAUUUUUCAGUUGGUUCUCCACGUGGCCAAUCCUUGGAUUUGAUUGGUAGUGAUGAUACAAAGCCUGAGCUUGAGGGGUUCGUUUUAGAAACAGAUGACGAACCAACAAGCAUUGCUCAAGAGGAUAUUAACUUUGAUGAGUGCAACCUUCCGAGCACUACAUUUGAACAUGCCAGCAUUUUGGAGCAGCUUUGCAAAUCUGUUUGCAUGCAAACUCCAGUAGCAUGCUCUUCAGCUUCAUAUAAGUUGCACAAAAUUCCAAAUCUCUACAAGUCUGUUCCAACUGGGCUUCUAGAGGGCGGUGUGGAUAUGAGGACCGGCUUGCCUAUGAAUGAUGCUGUCAAGCCAUUAAAGGAUGGUCAUAGUUGCUUGAGUGAGGAAGUUGGCCAGGCGUUUAAUGGAAGGUCCUAUUCUGAUUGCCUACCAAAUCGUUGUGGUCAAUCUGGUUGGGACAUUAAGAAGCCUUACAUAUCGCCAGUUGGGAAACUCUGGGAUAGAACUGGUUCAAGCACUAGCAGCUCAGGGAAGCGAGGGAGCUUAAAUCCAGAGCUUCCCUGCAUUAGUGAAGAAAAUGAGAAUUUAGAUGAGGUAGCUGAUACUUCCCGAGAUGGCAUUGUUUCAGAAGUAUUAAAUAGCUCAAUACAAAGAGUACCACUUGCUGACAUUACUGAAAUUUCAAACCCUCCUGCAUCAGUUUUGAAAGCUGAACUGCAUGCCGAUAGACUUAGUCUAGAUUCAGUAAACACUGAAUUCAGCUUAACGGGGACUCAUAAGAGCUUCAAACUGAAGCAUGGAAUCCAAAACAGCAUCAAGAGAAGAUAUAACAACAAGGAGAACCUGAGCAUAUCACGAGGAACAAAUGAUAUUAAGAGGACCACUGGAUCACUUCGUAAACCAAAAUUGUCUGGAAAAUCCAGCUUGAGAAAAGGCGGUCCAAGUUUGUUAGAGCGGGAGCCUAAGCGUAACAAUAUUGUGUCGAGUAUGACUUCCUUCAUUCCUCUUGUUCAACAGAAACAAUCAGCUGCUGUUGUAACAGGGAAGAGGGACAUCAAAGUGAAGGCCCUGGAGGCUGCCGAAACUGCAAAGCGUCUUGCACAAAAGAAAGAGAAUGAGCGCAAGAUGAAGAAGGAAGCCUUGAAGCUUGAGCGGUCAAGAAAGGAGCAAGCGAAUAUGAGGCAGUUAGAGCUGCAAAAGAAACAGAAAGAAGAAGAGAGGAAGAAAAAAGAUGCUGAUAUGGCGACAAAGAAGAGACAAAGGGAAGAGGAAGAUAGGAAGGAGAAGGAAAGAAAAAGAAAGCGUGUUGAAGCACGGAGACAGCAGAGAGAACAUGAAGACAAGUUACCUGCAGAAAAAGAAGAUAAAGAAAUGAAGUACCAGGCCAUUGAUGGAAGAGGACAUGAGAGUAAGGAAUCCAAGGAUGAAACAGCGCAUAAGUCAAUGGAGGAAGAAAGGGAAUAUGACACUUUCAGGAACAUUUCAGAGACUGAGCCUAGGACUUCCAGGGUUUCAACAAGUAAUGCCAGAAGAGAGAGUAUUAUCCAUGAAGAACACAGUUUGGCCUUGAGUAAUUUUGGAUAUAACGCAGAGGUACCGAGCAAUUUAGACAAAGCAAUAGACAAUGGGAAUUCUGCUGCCAAUACACGUCCAGAACAGUCAUAUGAAAUCUCUCCAUACAAACAAUCAGAUGAUGAAAACGAAGAAGAUGACGAUGCUAUGCUAAAUAGUAAAUUUGUUCCAUCAUGGUCAAGUAAAAAUUGCCUGGCUCUGGCUGUCUCUUGCCGGAAUAGAGCAGACCCUGGGGCGAUCUUCCCCCGAGAAAGCUUUUGCAGCAUAUCUGAAGUUCUCUUGCCUCGGAAGCAUAAGCUAAACUACAAUGGAAUGCGCUAAACUCUAUUCAAUGUAUUCUUCGCUCAACUAGUCGAACAGCUUUUGGUGAAGAAGAGGUAACAGUUGCACUCUGUCUGCAUGUUACCGUUUUCAAAAGACUAUUAGAGCAGGCGAUCCCUCCCAGCAAAUUUGUAGCUGAAACUUGUAGAAUUGUUGCGAUGUAUAGGAUUCUCUUGUAACUGUUAUUGAGCUAACAUCAUGGAUACUUUGGUCAACACUUACAUUAUUUUAACAGUUAAAGCGA